AUGCGUUUCUCUACCAUCAUCGUCGGUACUCUCGCUGCCUUCGGGCUCGUCGCUGCCCAGGCUACUCCUGCCCAGCAGAUCGUUCAGGCCUUCAAGGAGAUCACCACCCUCUCUGACAACCUCCGCAUUGACACCCAGAAGAUCAACCUCAUCAAUGCGCCCCUCCAGGGCUACAAGAUCGCCCAGGGCUUCGCUGCAAUCAUCACUAGAGUCGGACAGGCCAGCGCCAUGCUCAGUGGUGGUAGCAGUCGUAAGACCCGCCGUCAGAUGGCACCCCUUGCUGAUGCGGAUGCUCAGCUUGUUGUGGGAGCAUUGACUACUUUCGUUCAAGUUCACCAGGCCCUCCUCAAUGUUGUUAUCGGAAAGCACGGACUCCUCACUUUGAUCCCAUUCUUUGAGCCCAUCCGCCAAGCACUUGUUUCCCUUGAGGCCACAGUUGACACUUUCGCUUUCUACCUCAUCGCCAUGAUCCCUACUCAGAAGCCUGCAGCUGAUACUCAGUUCGGAUCUUUGACUGUCACUGUUAAAUUUGCCAUCACCACCUAUGAGCAGCCUUUGUAA